AUGCAUUUCUUUCCUUAUUCCAUUCAAAAACUGUUGUGCUUUAAAUCGUGAAAUGCAAUUUACCAGGCUUCCCGCUUAUGAUGACGUACUGCCCGUGGAUUCUACCCACUACCUCGCAGAGCUUCAAAAGUUGGGGUAUAUUCAGUGUGGAGUUCACUGUUCGGUUCUUAAACCGCAUUGUGCAGGGAUGUUGUACAACGGUAGCCUGAAGACUUGUAUAUUACUUAAAUCUCACUUGAACAGUGGACUAGUUAACUGGGAUCAGCCGCAUUUUGGAUGGAGAUUGUUGGUGAACUUAAAUGCAUGUCAGCCAGGAUGGUCUCCCUUUGAUGGUCACUGUUAUUUUCUGAACAUGACCUCAGAUGUACACGAUGUAGCCUCGGCGACGUGUCAACAGCAUGGGGGGUAUCUGGUGGAGACCGACUCGUCGGAGGAGAACACGUGGUUAACAAAGGAAUUCCAUAGUUCAGGCGGUUGGAUUUGGAAUGGAAUCAGUGACAAGGUUCAAAAUGGAAAAUACAGAUGGACACGCCCGGAUAGUCAGGUGACUUUCACGGGAUGGCGACCAGGAGAGCCCAGUGGCGGAUCAGGUUCACAGUGUGCAGGUUUCGACCAGACCGGAAUUUGGAAUGAUAUGGGGUGUAAUCAGCGGUACAGAUACAUCUGUGAAAGGGAUUUUUGACAAUUUUGGAUUUUGUAGAUCAUCUAAUAGCGUAGAGAUUCCACUGCACGUUGAUGAUUUCACUCAGAAAAUGCACAUAUGUAAAGUGAA